GCCAUGUCGACAUUUUAGAGUCAAGGUGCCCCUCCACCGUCGGCUCCGUGCUGGACACAGGCUGGAAGUGAGAUCAAUUAUUAGAGCAGGAAAGCACCACAAGAAUAGAUGCAAUGGCUGCAACCUCGGUUCGACAGGUCAACAUCGCCAUCAUCGGCCUUGGCGGCGUAGGAAAGUGCUUCCUAUCGCAGCUCGAGCAGCUCGCCGCCCGGCGUCCCAGCCCGAAGCUCGUCGUUACCUACAUCUGCACGAGCAAGAAGGCGCUGUACAGCACCGACCACGUGGCCAUCGACUUCCGCGACCUCCCGUCGACGCUCGCCGCGUCCCCGCACGCUCCGCUGCCGCUGCCCAAGCUGGCCGACUUCCUCGGCACCUCGGGUUCUAAGACGGUGCUCGUCGACAACACCAGCUCCCAGGACGUCGCCGACGCCUACCCGCUCUUCCUCGGCCGCGGCAUCAGCAUCGUGACGCCCAACAAGAAGGCCUUCUCGGGCCCCUACAAGCUGUGGCAGGACAUCUUCGCCGCGGCCGCGCAGUCGGGCGCCAAGGUGUACCACGAGUCGUCGGUCGGCGCCGGCCUGCCCGUCAUCUCGACGCUCAAGGACCUCGUCGACACGGGCGACGAGGUGACCAAGAUCGAGGGCGUCUUCAGCGGCACGAUGUCGUUCCUGUUCAACUCGUUUGCCCCGGCCUCGGGCUCCGGCGGCGGCAGGUGGUCGGCCGAGGUGAAGAAGGCCAAGGAGCUGGGCUACACAGAGCCGGACCCGCGGGACGACCUGAACGGGCUGGACGUCGCCCGUAAGCUGACCAUCCUCGCGCGGCUGGCGGGCCUGCCGGUCGAGUCGCCGACGUCUUUCCCCGUGCAGAGCCUGAUCCCCAAGGAGCUCGAGUCGGCGGCCAGCGGGGACGAGUUCCUCGAGAAGCUGCCGGCGUUUGACGCCCAGAUGGAGGAGACAAAGGCGGAGGCGGAGCGGGAGGGCAAGGUGGUGCGCUUUGUGGGCAGCAUCGACGUCGCCACGAAGCAGGUCAGGGUCGGGCUCGAGAAGUUCGAUCUGUCACACCCCAUUGCGGCGCUGAAAGGCAGCGAUAACAUCAUCAGCUUCUACACUAAACGGUACGGAAGCAACCCGCUGAUCAUCCAGGGCGCCGGCGCCGGCGGCGACGUGACAGCAAUGGGCGUGACAAGCGACCUCCUCAAGGUGCUCUCUCAGAUUGCUUAGGCCGCCGAACUCGGCGCCAUCCCGACAGGCAGUCAAAAAAUGCUGAACUCCAAAGCAGUUUCUUGCUGCUGCUGCUGCUGCUGCUUUCCAUCCCCCUUUCCCACAAGUGUGUGACGCAGAUGGCCGCCUCCGGAACGGGAGACGGCAAAUUUCUAGUUCGUCUUCUUCACCGCGAUCGAUACGUUAGGAGCCGGUCCGUGGCUUGCCGCUAUUUGGAAGUCGCCAGUACCGCCAGCAUGCAUCAAGGACCUUGCACGCCGGCUAGCGGCGGCGAGCCUCCAGAGCCAGAGCCCAACAUCGUAGAUCACCAGCAA